AGCUCCUCGAGGUCCUGGGUGGAAGAGGAGACUCAUUGCCUCCUCUCUUACCCCGCACAUGGACGCUCAGACCAGUUGCACUCGGGAACCGACCUUCGACCAAGGAACCAUUAAGCGUUACGGCCGCUUGGGGCAGGAGACGCGGAAGGAGCCCCAGCCGGGCAAGGCAGCCAUGGCAGCGAGUCCGGCCUCGUCCUCGGUCUGGUGCUGCUUGAGAUGGGGCUGUUGCGGGGAAGGCGGCGGCGGCCACAUCCCCCUCAAGGAGAUGCCGUCGGUGUUGCUGGAUACGCAGCGGAUGGGAACAGAUGUGGUCAUUGUCAAAAAUGGACGCCGAGUAUGUGGUACAGGAGGCUGUUUAGCCAAUGCCCCUUUACAUCAGAACAAGAGUUAUUUUGAGUUUAAAAUCCAAUCUACAGGAAUUUGGGGUAUUGGAGUCGCAACUCAGAAGGUAAAUCUGAAUCAGAUUCCUCUUGGGUGUGAUGGUCAUAGUCUAGUACUGAGAAAUGAUGGCGCCCUUUACUACAAUAAUGAAGAAAAGAACAGGUUAGCUGCAAAUAAUCUUCCACAGGAAGGUGAUGUUGUGGGAAUUACAUAUGACCAUGUAGAACUAAAUAUUUAUUUAAAUGGAAAAAAUAUGCACUGUCCAGCUUCAGGAAUUAGAGGAACUGUCUUCCCCGUGGUAUAUGUUGAUGACAGUGCCAUUUUGGAUUGCCAGUUCAGUGAUUUUUAUCAUACUCCUCCAUCAGGGUUUGAAAAGAUACUCUUUGAACAACAGAUUUUCUGAUUAUUCCUACUGACAAUUUACACACUAGCACUUUUCUCUCAAAGCUUCACAUUAUUCCCAGAAUGUAAACUUUACUAAAGUUAAAACUGUUUGGAAAAAGAACACAUUACUGACCAAGUGUAUUGCCAGUUAGAUUUGACUUUUGUGAUGUGGACAAUGUUCAAGCUUGAUGUAAAGGGAUAUAGCUGCAGUAUUAAGUGACCCAUGACUUCAGUGAUACUGUAUGAUAUAAUAGAUUUAGACAUGUUUGUGUGCUCUACAAAACUGUAGGUCUGAUUAUUGUUCUGAUAUUUCUCGUCUUCUCUACAUACCCAGUCACAGAAACUAUUUUAAAUCUUUAUAGAUUGCAGAUGCCUUAUACACAGCACUACACAACUACAAUAUUGGUAGCUCUUUUCUUUUUUAACUGCUGGGAUUCCUGUUUAAAUAUUUGAUUCUGCGCUUUUUUGUGUUUAAAUUAAAGCAAAUUGCUAAGUGUAAAAAGCCAAGUACCGUAGCUGAAGUUGGUUAUUAUGAUAAAGCUUUACAUUUAAGCUCUCCUCAGUUUUUGAGAAAACAAAUUUUAUUAAAUUAAAUUAUUCCUAUUAUUUCAGUUCAGAAGACAAUAAGCAUUGACAGGCUGCUUUAUUCUCUCUCUGAAGUUUUGAAGUUCUUUUGUGUGUGUAAUAAAAUAUCAAAAUAUACUUUUUUACAGAUAGCAUUUCUGUAUACUCUGAAAUCUGAAAGACCCCCCAAACUAAAUUAUCUGUUAUAUUAAGUGAAAUAAUAGUUUCUGAGGAGAUAUUUGAAAAUUCAUUGAACGUACAAGAUUAUCAAAUUUGAAAAGUUGUAUUUCAAAUGUAACUAUCCAUUUUGUUUAGCUGCUGUAAAUCCUGUUUUAGUUUGUAUACACUGUUAGAAAGUAUGUUGAAAAAGCCAAGAGCUCUAUAUUACUAUAUUUAUGUACUAUCCAUAUAUAUUAUCAGAUUUUAAAGUCAUUGUAGGAAAUACCUGUAAAAAUAAAGUGC